AGUAUAGAGAAGGAAGGAAGGAAGAAAAUAAACCAUUUGUUGAUUUAGAUACAGAGAAGAUCAUCUAACAUGGGAAGAUCUCCUAUCUGUGAUGACUCUGGUCUCAAGAAAGGUCCUUGGACUCCUGAUGAAGAUGAGAAACUUGUCAACUAUGUCCAAAAACAUGGUCAUAGUAGCUGGAGAGCCCUUCCCAAACUCGCUGGUCUUAACAGGUGUGGGAAGAGUUGCAGGCUAAGAUGGACUAAUUACUUGAGACCUGACAUCAAGAGAGGGAGAUUCUCUCCGGACGAGGAACAGACUAUCUUGAACCUUCAUUCAGUUCUUGGAAACAAGUGGUCAACGAUUGCAAAUCAGUUACCAGGGAGAACAGAUAACGAGAUCAAGAAUUUCUGGAACACUCAUUUGAAGAAAAAGCUGAUUCAGAUGGGUUUUGACCCAAUGACUCAUCGUCCAAGAACCGAUAUCUUCUCUGGCUUAUCUCAGCUCAUGACUUUGUCUUCUAACCUGAGAGGCUUUGUUGAUCUGCAGCAACAGUUUCCUAUUGAUCAAGAACACACUAUACUCAAACUCCAAACCGAGAUGGCCAAACUCCAAUUGUUCCAAUACCUUCUUCAACCAUCUUCCAUGAAUAGCAUUAACCCUAAUGACUUUGACACUCUCAGUCUCCUUAACUCUAUUGCCUCCUUCAAAGAGACCAGUACUAAUACCACCAGCAACAAUCUCGACCUCGGUUUCCUCGGUUCAUAUCUUCAGGACUUCAACAGCUUACCAUCCCUGAAAACCCUAAAUUCCAACAUGGAACCAUCAUCUGUUUUCCCUCAGAAUCUUGAUGACAAUCACUUCAAAUUCUUCACUCAAAGAGAAAACCUACCGGUGUCUCCAAUCUGGCUCUCGGAUCCCUCCAGCACAACUCAGAGUCAUCUACCUUCUGCUCAUGUGAAUGAUGAUCUGAUUUUAAACCAAUACGGUAUUGAAGAUGUCAAUAGCAAUAUCACUUCUUCAAGCGGUCAAGAAUCAGCAGCUUCAGCUUCAGCAGCAUGGCCUGAUCAUCUAUUGGAUGAUUCUAUAUUUUCGGACAUUCCUUAGCCCUUCUUUUGUCUUAAUUUUCAGGUAUGUUUUGGAGGAACUCAAAUCGAAUUUACUCUUGGAAUUGUGCUUGUUGGAGAAUUUUAUUUGCAUAUCUAUAUAUAUUGUAGAGACAUCAUAUAUUUGUACUCAUGUUGUAGAAUGUACAGUACAGAGAUUUCAUAAC